AUGGCCCAAAAAAUCAACUCCCAUCCCUUCACUCUCUUUCUCCUUCCUCCACCUCACCCCCUACCCCACUUCAAAACCGCGGAAUUAAAGUUGGAAAUGGAGAAUAACCAGCAAUCAUUUUAUCAGUUCAGUGAUCAGCUGAGGAUACAGGCAUCAAAUUUAGCCAACCUGUCACUCAACGAUUCAAUAUGGAGCAAUUCUUAUGGGUCGAAGAGACCAGAUGAAAGGAAGAAUUUCGAUAUCAGAGUUGGUGGUGAAGUUAACAAUUUGAAGCAGAAAGGGUCUGAUUUGAAUAGUUUCAAUGAUGGAUGGAAUCCUAUUAGUGAUUUUAAGCGAAAGGGUUCUGAUUUGAAUCUUUUCAACGAUGGAUGGAACUCAGUUAAUGAUCUGAAGCCCAAAGGGCCUAACUUCAAUCUACUCAAUGAAGGGUGGAAUCCUGCCAAUGAUUUGAAGCCAAAAGGAUCUAACUUGAAUGCGUUCAAUGAUGGAUACAAUCUGAAGCCAAAGGGAUCUGAUUUGAAUGCGUUCAAUGAUGGAUACAAUCUGAAGCCAAAAGGAUCUGAUUUGAAUGCGUUCAAUGAUGGAUGGAAGAUGGGGUCUAGUACUAACAAUUAUGGGGUUGGUCCAAUCGGACCUAUUGGUCAAGUUUUUGGUGGAUCUCAAAAAAUAUUGGGAUCAAUGGAGGGUAACAAGAACAAAGGAGAUGAUGAUUUGGGAAGCAAGAGUGGCAAAAAGAAUAGCAACAAGAAGAGUAAUGAUAAUAAUGAUAGUAAGAGUGCUUCUGAUAAGAGGUUUAAGACGCUACCACCGUCUGAGUCUUUGCCUAGGUAUGAAACAAUUGGUGGAUAUAUCUUUGUCUGCAACAAUGAUACCAUGGCAGAGAAUCUCAAGAGAGAGCUGUUUGGUUUGCCUCCUCGAUACCGCGAUUCAGUGAGGCAGAUCACGCCAGGAUUGCCUCUUUUCCUCUACAACUACUCCACCCACCAACUCCAUGGAGUUUUUGAGGCUGCAAGUUUUGGAGGAACAAACAUUGAUCCGUCAGCCUGGGAAGACAAGAAAUGUCUUGGCGAAUCACGCUUCCCUGCUCAGGUGAGAGUUAUGACAAGGAAAAUCUGUGAGCCACUGGAAGAGGAUUCUUUCCGGCCAAUUCUUCACCAUUACGAUGGCCCUAAGUUCCGCCUUGAACUCAACAUACCAGAGGCCCUCUCUCUCUUGGACAUCUUUGAAGAACAAGACCCUUGA